AUGCAUUAUGCUAAGCUUCUCGUUGCGCUCGCUCCACUGAGUGCUUUCGCCGUUCAGCUUCAGCUCCCGAGCAGCGAUAUUCCAUCUGCUUGCCGUGAUACCUGCCAGGCGAUCAUGGAUGUGGCAAACAGCUGCGCCAACAGCCAUCUUGAUGACAGUCUUGAGAACCAGUGCAUUUGUGUAAGUGCUAUUGAUGGAACGACCAUAAUCCAGAGUGGAAUUGAUACUGAUGCCAUACGUCUCUCAGAUAUUGACCAAAUUAUCAAUGUCUGCAACUUCUCUGGAGACUCGGGUGGUAGCCAACCUUCAGCUGCCUCUACGAUGGCAGUACAGAGUGUGCCAUCGGUCGUCACGACAACUACGGCGAAAGAACCGAACCACACCAAGUCCGCCUCCGCUGAAACCAAUACUCUUGCUCCAAUUCCAACCAAUGGAGCAGUUCCAGGCGCUAUGCCUGUGGGUGGACUAUCUUGUUCUGUGGUCCUGGCUGCUGCAGGCGUGCUUGCUGCUGGAGCCGGGAUGGGUUAG